AUGGCAGCCCGCACGCAGACUCUCCGGGAUCGUCAGAUAGCUUCCAUUGAACGCAUACUAAGCCUGAACCACGACCACUCAUCUGCUUCAAAUGGCGAUGCAAGCACCACCCCUCAAGCGGCUUCGCUUCUCAGCGAGGACGGAGAACCCAUAUGGAAGGUUCUUGUAUUUGACAACCUUGGACGAGACAUAAUCAGCAGUGUGUUGCGAGUAAAUGACUUGCGGAGCAAAGGAGUAACAAUACAUUUAAACAUCAACUCUCCUCGCUUUCCCAUACCCGAUGUUCCUGUCCUGUACCUCGUCGAACCUACUCCUGUCAAUAUCCAGCUCAUCUGCUCCGACCUCGCCCGAGGGCUAUACUCUCCAGCCUAUGUCAACUUCAUCUCAUCGAUAUCCCGUCCCUUACUUGAAGACUUUGCCGCCCAAAUUGCCUCCACAAACACUGCCGAUUCCAUUGCCCAAGUCUAUGACCAAUACCUGAAUUUUGUCGUGGCCGAACCGGAUUUGUUCAGCCUGGGAAUGGGAAAAGAAUCGUAUUGGACAUUUAAUAGUGCCAAAGCAGAAGCAGAGGUCCAGGAUGCGGCUAUAGACAGGAUCGUGAGCGGGCUGUUCAGUGUCAGUGUAACAAUGGGAUCGGUGCCCAUUAUACGGUGUCCUCAGACAGAACUGGCCAAAAUGAUUGCAACGAAACUGGACCGAAAGCUGAGAGAUCAUGUCCUCAACUCCAAAGAUAACUUAUUCUCAUCCAAGGGCUCCGCGGCCAAUCUAUACUCCGCGCCCUCACGGCCAGUUCUGAUAAUCCUGGACCGUAAUAUUGACCUGGUCCCGAUGCUGUCCCAUUCGUGGACGUACCAGUCCUUGGUUCAUGAUGUCUUGAAAAUGCACCUCAACCGAAUCACUGUACAUGUGGCAGACGAGGGGGACCCGACUGCAAAACCGCGAGCCUACGACCUGAAUGCAAGUGACUUUUUCUGGGCGCGCAAUGCAAGCGCUCCAUUCCCCCAAGUUGCCGAAGACAUCGACAAAGAACUUACAAAAUACAAAACCGACGCAGAAGAGGUCACCAAGAAAACCGGUGUGAACAGUAUCGAAGACCUCAACGACAGUUCAACCUCCGCAGCCCACUUGAAAGCAGCAAUAACACUGCUGCCCGAGUUGCGAGAGCGCAAAGCCACUCUGGACAUGCACAUGAACAUCGCCACUGCACUGCUCAAGGGCAUCAAGGACCGCCAACUAGAUAACUUCUUCCAACUAGAAGAGAACAUUACGAAACAAACCGCCGACCAAAUGCUCACCCUUAUUAAAUCCGAUGAUAAGGGGAACAACCCGCUGGACAAGCUGCGGAUAUUCAUCAUCUGGUACCUCAGCGUCGACAGGGAGCCCUCCAAAUCCGAACUCUCGGAAUUCGAAUCUGCACUUACAACUGCUGGAGUGGGAGAUGCAGUGACAGCAAUCAAACACAUCUCCAACGUGCGUCUAGAAACGCGAGGGACGAUGAUGAGCUCCACAGCACCAUCUCAGCAACAACCCUCUUCCCAAACGCCGUUGUUUGGCGGCCUCUCCUCGCUCUCGAAAAACUUCACUGAAAAGCUCUCAUCCACUGCGCUCGGAAACACUUUCAGCAACGUGAACCUCGAAGCACUCGUGUCCGGGGUGAAAAACUUCCUACCCGCGAAUAGGGACCUCACGGUGACCAAGAUUGUUGAGUCAAUCAUGGAUCCUCCCGCCGCAAGUUCCAGCGCGAUCGCGAUGACGGAGGGAUAUCUAUACUUUGAUCCAAGAAGUGCACAUGCAAGGGGUAUUCCUGGGACGGCAAGUGGGUCGAAUCCGCCGUCAAGAGACAGUAGGGGAGGUCCUAGUGGACAAUCGGGAGGCGCAGGGAUGAAUCCCAGCUUUGGCCAAAGAAGACAGGGGUAUACGGAGGCAAUCGUCUUCACCGUAGGAGGAGGCAGUAUGGAUGAAUACGGCAAUCUGCAGGAAUGGGUCAAGAGGACGAGUGGGCUGGGAACCGGAGGUGGUGGAGGAGUAGGCGCCAAUGCCCCCCGGACGAGGAGGGUCGUUUACGGGAGUACUGAGUUGGUCAACGGAGAGGACUUUUUGUCCGAGCUGGUGAGACUAGGAAAUGAACUCUAA